AGAAGCAGACUCCCCGCCGAGCAGGGAGCCUGAGGCGGACUCAGUCCCAGGACCCUGGGAUCACGACCUGAGCCGAAGGCAGACGCUUCACCUGCUGAGCCACCCAGGCAUCCCUAGAUUCUGCUUCUUGAUGGGAGGAAUUGUUGGUGUCUGUCUUUGUAGAUAAUCAACCAAAAACUUGUAAGUAAAUUCAGGCCUUACCUCUUCUUAUCCUCACCAGACCAUGAGAGCUUUGCUGAAACCAGCAGUUACUAAAGAAGAAGUUUGUAAAAGGGUCCUUGUAACUCCUACGCAGGAUCAAGGCCAGGGAGGUUACGUGAGUGAAUAAGAUUGUAUACUAGUUAUAUAAUAAAUUCCACCCACUGUGUCCCAGAUCUCCUUUGUCAGUAGCCUUCUGCAUGAAAUGUUCAUGCUGAACAUUUUCCUCGCGGUACUUGACACUUGCAGACAUGUUACGUUCCAUUUAUGUGGAAAGAACUUGAUUUGACCAUUGAACUGAAAGCACAAGGAAGGGCUAGUCCUGAAGCUUUCACUUUCAGUGACUCUGUGCAAAGGUUGGGAUUUCUCCUCCAUGACCUGAGGGGAAACAGUGUGAGGAUGUCUGUUGAUCAGAGGGAGAUUCAAGGGGUACUGCUGCCAACGAGACCUGGAACCUCACUGGUGGCUUGUGGGGAGUCCCUAGUAAGGUAGUAAGUAAGCGGCCAGGUGUUCUCAUGUUCCUCGGCAGCCACAGACAUUGUAUGUUAUCACACAGGGACUUAGACCUGUGCACCGACAUGUUUCUGUACAUGAUCCCCCAGGACUUCAUGCUAAGACCUGACUUUUGUUCUGUGGAAUCUGUAUCUCUUCUCCCCAGGCAACUUAAUAGUCAUAAGUUUGUCCUCACAAAACAACUGCCAAAUGUGUAGGACGGUGUGGGAGAGAGAGAGAGAGUGUGUGUGUGUGUAAGAGUGAAGAAUGAGCCUCCGUCGCAAGCCUCAUUGAGCUGAUGGAGCUGCGGGUGAAACCAGGGUUCAGGGGGAAAAUUCCUCAGAAAGGUCUGCCUUCCAGAAUCCAAUUUGAGAGCGUAUGCCAGCUUUUAGUACAAAAACUACCGUUUGUAUCGCCUUUUUUUGUACUUAACAUUUUUUGACUUGUGUUAUUUCCUGGAGUCUAUUUGUUCUUUGAGGUGGGCUCCGUUCCACAUAACAGAACCAUUAAAAUGAAUGACCAUAAUAUAAACCGGACAGUGUUACACUGUUGGCACCAUUUAUGGGAGGAGGUGAAGGCAUGAAAUAGAACAGGCAGAGUCCUCUGGAAUGCAAUUGAAAUUUUCAUGAAUAAUUUGGAAUAUACCCAGUGGUCUUGCUUUCAUUUCCUUAGUAUCCGAAAUGGGGUAUCUUCUUAGCAGCCAGUUUGCGGAGUGCACAGCAUGCAUGCUGUAGUUUCCAGCAAGACGAGAAGACAGCACAGCAUGGAAACCCUAUGCUGGGUAUCCUCCCUUCUCGGGCACACAGGAGUGAAGGGGAUCAUUGUAAAGAGUAAGAAGUGUACCAUCACUAGAGGAUGGUAUGAUUCCAUAUCAUGCAUCUCACACAUUUUUUGGAAUAGAACAGACUUUUUGGUAGAAAUUCCACCAUAAUCUCCACCUUGUCGAUUUUUUAAAUAUCCUUGUGCUUGCCCUGUGGGCUGAAGGAAUAGCAGGCUUCCAGCUAAAAGAAAACCCCUUUCUGAACUGUCAUUAUUUCUUCAGAAAAAGAAACUAUAUUCUGAGCUAAACUGAGUAGUUAGAGAGUCGGUAGAGAAGUAGAUUGCCAAACAAAGGAAGAAAGUUGAUCAACGAGAGCCAGCAUGAAGGUGCCACACACUCAUGUGAUCCUGCAUAUCGAAGGAAGUAAACAGAGUCCCAAGAUGUUUGUAGUGGUUUGUUCAGUUCAGGUGAAUAAAGCAUCUCUCCUGACUAUGCUGUAGGGUACUGUCGGGAUCGUGACGACAGUUGAGAUCACCAAGGAGCCCAGUUUCUGAGAGGGCAAGAGAAAACUACGUACAAGAAGAUACUGGACAAGGCAGAAUGUAGUUAAGUGCUGGUCUAGAGGAAAAAGGGUACUGUAGGCUGUGGAGAGGGACCAGGUAUGGCUUUGGCGAUGGCCGUGGCAAGAUAGAUUAGGCUUUAAACAGGAGAAGAUGGGAAAAAAGGGUGGGAGCAAGAGGAAUUUUGAGGAAGUCUUAGGAAGUAAGGAAUGACAAGGGCAGAAGUCAGCCCCACACAUGGCGGGAAGGACAGAGCAUGGUCGUGGCCCGUUUGGGUUGAAGCUGAGAAGAGGGAUGCCUGGCGAACAAACUGGCUGAAGCCAUUUAGGGUAGAGCUCUCCUGCCUUGCUAAGGAAUCUGUAGAAAUCAGAAGUGGCGUGUGAUCGGAACAGUGAGUGUGGCACAGCCUCUGGUCCUCAUUGGAAAACCCGGAGGCCCGGAAGGCAGUUCUUGGUGAUUCAGUAGAAGGGGCUGAGCACUGAAUGAAGCUGGUGGCUGUGGGAAUGGAGGGCAGUUAAGAGAACUAUGCCAAAUUGCUGUCUUUCUUGUUCUACCAGGAUGUGGUGACUAAUCACAAAUGAAAAACUCCUUUAGCCUCUUGCAACUUGUGCUGUCUCCUGACUGCAGAGGUAAAUAGUGAAAUAAUCUAGCCCUUGAACUCUAUACAGUUCACAUCAUAUAAACUCCUAUCCUAGUUGAGUGCAUGCAUUGUUUGCAGCCCUGAAUUGAGGAACGUGUUGUUUGGAGACCUAUUCAAAAGGUAACGAGGUUUCAGAGCUUAAAAGGACACAAAGACUACGGAAUUAGAUAGUUUGUUUUGUCUGAAUUUUGGAGCUGCUGGAACUUCCUAUUGCAUUAGUGAUUAAAAAAAAAAAAACACAAAACUUCAAUCUCCCUAGUGUUUAUGGUGAGUGUUUAGAUAUGAUAUGUUUCUAUAGCACGAGGGAAGAAUUUAUGCUGAAUGAAAUGAGCAGCAUCAUUAAAAGUUUAGGGGUUAACCAGACUUCGGUCCUGAAGAAUGCGUUAUAGGAGGAGGAAGGCCGCCCACCCUGCUUACCCCUCUGUUCCAGAAUUGUCCCAGGCCUGUCACUCGCUGCAGCCAGAGGGGCUGAGAAAGGGAUCGCUGGCACAGCGAGAUUUUCACGUUAACCUUCUGUCGCCGAGGCCGUGAUGUGUCCUGUCGAACAGAUCGUUGCAGAAGCUGUGUGGUUAAGUCGUGCUGGGACAAGCAGAAACCUCUGAAAUCCGCUGUCCUAGCACUGCUGGUAACACACAGAACCAUGGUACUGAGUUUCACACCAAACUUGCUACCAUCACGUUACAUUCUGGAUGCACCUGAAUUACCGUUUCUUCAGCUAGAAGUGUUAUGUACUCCCCAGGCGACGAGGAUGACACAAAACAGGUGGCUGGAGACCUAUAGAAUUUGAAUUGGACUCUCACCUUCCGCUUCUUCCUGCAAAAGAACAGGGAAAAGGGUGGUUCAUCACGGAGGAUGAAGGGCCCCUCAGCACACUCGCCGCAAGGUGUUGCCCUUGAAAUGCAUAGUUGCCCUGGUCUGCUGUGUUUCCAUGCAUUUCCAGCUGUCACUAGGAGAGCAGGCUCCAGUUGGGGUGGGAGUCUGUCCUAUCGUUUGUACUGGCAUUAUGUCUUCGAUUACUUGUUUGAGUUGUUAAAGGAAUUGGUAGGUGAAGCCGCUCCCUGUGACCUUGCUGUCCCCUGUGUCUCCGCCAGCGCUGUGCUGUCCGUAGGCGUACAGCAUAGCGGGCUCGCGGGGAGCCGAAAGCCACCUGUCAGCAUGCAGAUGACACUAAGCUGUGUGUUCUUGACACCCUUGCAGAAAUCUCAUGCUUGGAGUCUGUGAGCUUGAGACCUGCCCGGAGUGUGGGCCGCUCCGCACCGGACGCAGGUGCUGCGCAAUUGCCGUCUGUGGCGUCCGUCCCUUUGUCACAUGCCCGACCGCUCCGGACUCCAUAGUGUUGCUCUAGUACCAGGAAUUGUGGGAGGCGCUCCAGUGAAGAAAUGGACCCGUGUGCAUAAUCAUGGACUCUCCUUGCUGACCAGCGCCACCUGCUCUCGUUGAUAAGUGAGAGAGAGUGGGUCAGGGGAGAAGGAAAGAGGUCAACAUGAAGCUAAAGCAGCGAGUCGUGCUGUUAGCAAUUCUUCUUGUCAUCUUUAUCUUCACCAAAGUUUUCCUGAUUGACAACCUAGACACAUCAGCUGCAAACCGAGAGGACCAGAGGGCUUUUCACAGGAUGAUGGCUGGCUUGCGGGUGGAGCUGGUGCCCAAGCUGGACCACACCUUGCAGUCUCCCUGGGAGAUUGCGGCCCAGUGGGUGGUUCCCCGGGAAGUGUACCCAGAAGAGACACCAGAGCUGGGGGCAAUCAUGCAUGCCAUGGCCACCAAGAAAAUCAUUAAAGCUGACGUGGGUUAUAAAGGGACACAACUGAAAGCCUUACUGAUACUUGAAGGAGGACAGAAAGUUGUCUUCAAACCUAAGCGGUAUAACCGAGACUAUGUGGUAGAAGGGGAGCCAUAUGCUGGUUAUGAUAGACACAAUGCAGAGGUAGCAGCCUUUCAUUUGGACAGGAUUCUGGGUUUCCGCCGAGCCCCCUUGGUGGUUGGCAGAUUUGUUAAUCUACGGACAGAGAUCAAGCCCGUUGCCACGGAGCAGCUCUUGAGCACCUUCCUAACCGUAGGAAAUAACACUUGCUUCUAUGGGAAGUGUUAUUACUGCCGAGAAACAGAGCCAGCUUGUGCUGACGGAGACACGAUGGAGGGAUCUGUCACACUUUGGCUUCCAGAUGUGUGGCCUCUGCAGAAACACCGACACCCGUGGGGCAGGACUUACCGCGAGGGCAAACUGGCCAGGUGGGAGUACGACGAGAGCUACUGCGAUGCUGUGAAGAAAACAUCCCCCUAUGACUCUGGCCCCCGCCUCUUGGACAUCAUUGACACCGCCGUCUUUGAUUACCUGAUUGGCAAUGCUGACCGCCACCACUACGAGAGUUUUCAAGAUGACGAAGGCGCUAGUAUGCUCAUCCUUCUCGAUAAUGCCAAAAGCUUUGGAAACCCGUCGCUGGACGAGAGAAGCAUUCUUGCCCCCCUCUAUCAGUGUUGCAUCAUUCGGGUGUCGACCUGGAACAGACUGAACUACCUGAAGAAUGGCGUGCUGAAGUCUGCCUUACAGUCCGCCACGGCCCAUGACCCCAUCUCCCCCGUGCUGUCCGAGCCUCACCUGGACGCCGCGGAGCAGCGGCUGCUGAGCGUCCUGGCCACCGUGAAGCAGUGCACGGACCAGUUCGGGCCGGACGCCGUGCUGGUGGAAGACAGGAUGCCUCUCUCCCACUUGUAAUCCGCACCACAAAAUAAGCAAAACUACUUUUUACAAAGCUAGAGAAACAGCACAAUCACUUCCGAACGGUAUGCGGUGGCUCGGCACGGCCGGCAGCAAGCUCUGGUGACAGGGGACAGGGAGGCCUUGGAUUCCUUGGGCGAUUUCUGUGGGAGAAACGAAAGCAAAGACUACAGGUUUCAGACCACAGGAGGGUUCCUGCGGAACCACCCGACACCCCGGCCCCCCCAGCCCCUGCGCCGGGCCUCCUGGUGGGUCAGUCCUAACUCGCGCCACAGGACAGAGAGCGGUGUCACGUUUGGGUAGCUUAAGGCUGGGUUUGGUUCUGGAGCGUGUAGCUUGAGUUCAUCCUUAGAAUCCUUUCUCCACCCCCAUGGAGUUUCUGAAAACACUCGGCCAUCUCUUGAGUCCUUUUUAACCGGGACUAGUCCAGCUGGGACUUUGCCUCCCGAGGAGUGGCAGCCAGGAGAGCCCAGCCUUCUCUGGAGCCGAAGCAGCCCGCUCUGCCGGAAGGGGUACGUGUUUGGGUGGGAUUCGUGGGACAGACGAAAGCAGGGAAGGUGCUUGGGCUCUGAAGCCGUUGGCUGGUAGUGCUUUUCAGGCUCUUAGAGGAGGGAGGGAGGCGGCACCGGAACCAUCCGGGGCCCGUUCUGCGGGUGUGGAAAGGCAAACAGGACUUGAACCUCAGUGAGAUCUGCGUGCUCACGUUGUGUUCCAGUUAGCCCCAGACCGUCCAGGCAGGAUUCUCUCAUGGGGACUUUUCUUUUUCCCUUUUGCCCAAAGCCGGCAAAGCCCUUCUGAAUUAACAAAGCAAACUGAGCUGAUACCUUGAGUAGGAGCUAAGUUGCCUGCGAUCUCUGCCAUCUUGUUUUCUCAUCUGAAAUGAAUUUCCACCUCAGCCUUCAAGGCAUUUGCUCAUGGAAGCUGCUCGUCCCAGGAGAUUGGCAGUGGCGUCUGUGCCUUUCUCAUGGGAAAAGCCAGCCCCUUGCUCGGCCGCCCGCGCGUUCUGCAGCGGGACCUGCCCUGUGAUGUGGGCCCUGCUGACGACUGGGAACAACGCGCUGAAGCUCUCUGAGCCUCAAAAUGAAGGAGGUGACCAGGAAGAGCCUUAAGAUUCUGAUUUAUGUCCAGCCCUAAUUUCCUCAUUUAAUUUCGUCGGGCGUGUGGAACCGGUGGAGGAGCGCGGGUGUCCCUAUCCUGGCAGCGCUCGCAAGUGUCAGGGGCCAAAGCCUGGGCUCCGUUCGGUCGGUGUCCCAGCAGAGCCUGUCGGACCUGUGAGCCAUUGCCGUCCAACACGGGGCCCGAGGACAGGCCCGGUGUGCCCGCUCCCUGGGGACCCCUCGCUCCUGCAUCCUGUCUGGGCGCCGGUCCAGCCUUGCACUCCUGUCCGGUGGAGAGGCUCAUGAUUAAAUGGGGUGGGGAGCAAAUGUGAUGCCAGCCAUUAGAGACCAGUGUGGGGCAGCCGCCCUUUCAAAACAGGUUAGAAUCUAAGUCCUCAUUUUCUUGCAUUGAAAGACAGCUGAGUAACCUGUAACUGUUAACAACAGCUUGAGGUCAGGGUGCUUUUGUACUGUGUAUGUAGAUUUUGAGACAUCCACAAGAAUGGGUUGAGUUAUGAAAGAAGGUAUUGAAUCUAAGAAGGUAUUAGCACAAAACACUGAAACCGUGUUAACAAAAGGAGGCCUUAGAUUCCAAUAUUAAGGCCAUGUACUGUGUGCGUCAAGUGGAAUUCCCAGGUGAGCUUGACAAUACCGUGAAUGCUCGCCCAGAGCGUCAGGGAUCUGGCUGGAGGGAGACAGCGGGCAGGAGGCGGCGCGCUCGCCUGGGUGGAUGUUAGUUCAGCUACAUGAUGGACCGGUGUUCUUGCAGGCCUGCAGCGCCUGUGGUAUGCCGCAGUGGAAUGAGUAAGAAUUGUUCUCGAGCUGGGAGCUUCAUUCAUAAUAUUGAAGGCAGAAGAUACUGCUAAGGAAACAAGCAGGAGGGAAUGUCUCAUCCUUUUUUCAAAACAUUGCAGAAAAUAUAUAAUUUCAUUCUGUUCCCUGCUGUUUUAAAAUUCAUGAUCUUAAGAGGUGUUCAGAUCUCUUGCGGUUCAAGUCAUACACUGAUAGGGUGGGGUCAUAGGACUCUUGGAACAUAGAUUUACGUUGUUUUUUUUUUUUUUUUUUAAAGAUUUUUUUUUUUUGACAGUGAUAGAGACAGCCAGCGAGAGAGGGAACACAAGCAGGGGGAGUGGGAGAGGAAGAAGCAGGCUCAUAGCAGAGGAGCCUGAUGUGAGGCUCGAUCCCAUAACGCCGGGAUCACGCCCUGAGCCGAAGGCAGGCGCUUAACCGCUGUGCCACCCAGGCGCCCCAGAUUUACGUUCUAAUUGGGAUUGGAGUAAGCUAAGUCUAGGCAAAUCUUAGAGAAAACCAACCAAAAGCUUAUAGCCCCGAAAUUAACAAAAACCAAAUUCUGUUUGAAAAAGAGGCUACGUUUUUUUUCUUUUUUAAAGUUUUGUCCCCAUACCCUCUUUGUGGUUUCUUUAGCACUAUUAUACUCAGACAAGUCACUAGAAGGAUUCUUGGUCAGCUCUAGGUUGGGUUUGCCUAACCAACAUCUAAAGGUGGAGGUGGAUACAUUUAAUAUUAUCCAGCCAGGAAAAUCAGAACUGACUGCCAUUUCCUUACGUCCUCCCACUUCUUAAAUACAUUUAUUCCAGAGUUCGAGUGGGAAAAUAUGGUAUAGAAGUUCUAUUCUAAAUUGUUCUUUAAUAUGAGGCUAUAUUGUGGGUUUGGGUGUAAAUAAUUUUCUGUGCAAAACAAAUUUUAAUAGACAGGAUCUGUGAUUUGCUCAGAGUAUUGUUCGAUAAUGUAUUAAUAAGGCAUUUCUCCCUAUUGCACUCAGGACUAAUAGAGCAAAUGAAAUUUAAGGAGGAAAUGGAAGAAUUCAGGUACACCCAUGGCAUAUUAUUUGGGGAAAGAUGAAUCCCAUAUGUGGCAAUUUUUCAGUGUCACUUAACACGUUCUCCUAAAGGAAUUCAUCUUUUCUUUUCCUUAAAAAAAAAAAAAGAAAGAAAAGAAAAGCCUUUUGACUUUCCCUUCCCGUCCACCAUAUUCGUUCAGCGUCCAUUCUCAGUGUCCCUGUCGUCUCAUCUGACCAGUAAGUGACCACAGCUCGGUGGCAAUACAACCGCAUCUGUCAGGGAGUGAGCUCGAGCUUCAGGAAACAUGAGUAAAGGCAUAUGUAUGUAUAUAGUCGUAUCUGUAUCGUAGCAAGAAAAGUAUUUAUUUUGACACAGGGAAACACUGACUUAUGUUGCUGAAGAACUUGAAGCUACUGAAAGGGUCUCUCCUCGGUCUCUGCAAGGGGCCCCGAAGUGACAUAAAGACCAUUCAGCCGGCGCCUGCUGGGCAGCUCUGGUGAGCCAGCCGUGGCUAGGCACACGAGGGAGCCAGACAGACCUGACUCCGUGAAGCCUGUCGUCCAGGAGAAGGCCAGUUUCUCUCCCUUCGGUGCCUCCCAUCUGGGUUGGAGAGUCAGGGGCUGGGUACUCCACUGCCACAGGUUUUUAAGGAACUAAGGUGUUACUCACCAAUACAAGAUGUGGGGGGGGGGAGCUGGGAAUAACUUACUGGGAAGCUAAUUUAUUUGCUUGAAAGGGAGGCAUAGGAACCACUACCCUCUGUUUUGAUCUGCCAAGGAUUUUCUCUCGAGCUGUCGCAAGGCAGGAGGUUGGGCUUGGUAAGACACCAAACAGGACAGAUGUGCACCGAAAUUUCUAAUGUGUUCUAUGGGUUUCAAUUCUGAAAAAGAAAAAAAGAAAAUGAAUAAAGAUUUUAAUAAGUA